AUGACUACUCUAGAAGUUGAAAGACAGUUGGAACUAAAGAUAAAGUUGUUAGGUCUGAUAGGGGAGGAAUGUGGAAUUGUUGCACAAUACACCAAUCCAGGAACUCCAGAGCAGAACGGUGUAGCUGAAAGAAGAAAUAGAACACUCAAGGAUAUGGUGAGGAGUAUGAUCUGCAAUUCACAGCUACCUAAUUACCUAUGGGGCGAGGCAAUAAGGACAGCAAACUACAUCCUAAACCGUGUACCAAGUAAGGCAGUAUCAAAGACCCCUUUUGAGCUAUGGACUAACAGAAAGCUGAGCCUCAACCAUUUGCAUAUAUGGGGGUUCAAGGCAGAAGCAAAAGUCUUCAAUCCACAAGAGAAGAAAUUGGAUCCCAAGACCAUAAGUUGUUUUUUUGUAGGUUAUCUAGAGAAGACGAAGGGGUACAGAUUUUAUUGUCCAAAUCAUACAACAAGGCUUGUGGAAACAGGUAGGGCAUUUUUUCUAGAAAAUGUCCAUGAAGAAAGGAAGGCCACAGAUUUCGUUUUUGAAGAGCUGGGUGAAAUUGCAAUUGAGCCAGCAAAGCAAAGUGUGCAAGUUCCACAUAUAAGUGAAAUACAAGGGGAAGAUUAUGAAGAUGUGGAACCUGAACAAGAAGACAUGAAUGAAAUUCAAGUCCAGGAAACUCAAGAUGUGAACAAUGAAGUAGUUCAGCCACAAGAAGCACCAGCUCCACAGAGAAGAUCUAACAGAAAUAGAAGACCAGCAAUAUCUCAAGAUUAUGUAGUGUAUUUACAAGAAUCAGAGUUUAUGGCAUCAGAUUUUGAAGAUCCUUUGUUUUUCAAUGAAGCAAUUAAUAGUCCAGAGGUAUUGAAAUGGAAAGAAGCCAUGGAAAGUGAAUUAGAUUCAAUGGAAAACAAUCAGGUGUGGGAUUUAGUAGAGCUGCCAGAAGGAGUGAAGCCAAUAGGGUGUAAAUGGGUGUUCAAAACCAAGAAAGACUCAAUGGGCAACAUAGAAAGAUUCAAGGCCAGAUUAGUUGCAAAAGGUUUUACUCAAAAAGAAGGAAUAGAUUAUAGUGAAACUUUUUCCCCAGUUUCAACUAAAGAUGCUUUUCGGAUUAUCAUGGCUCUUACUGCACAAUAUGACCUGUUUUUACAUCAAAUGGAUGUAAAGACAGCCUUUUUAAAUGGGAGACUGGAUGAAGAAAUAUAUAUGGUGCAACCUGAGGGUUUUAUAAAGGAAGGAGAAGAGCAUUUGGUCUGCAAACUCAAGAAGUCCAUUUAUGGACUGAAGCAGGCAUCAAGGCAAUGGUACUUGAGGUUUGAUGAAGUUGUAAGCUCACAAGGCUUCACAGAGAAUCCAGUGGAUGAGUGUAUUUAUCUAAAAUUUAGUGGGAGCAAUUUCAUUUUCUUAGUACUCUAUGUCGAUGAUAUUUUACUGGCCACUAACAAUUUGUCUAUGCUUGCUGACACAAAGUUUUUUCUGUCAUCAUAUUUCGAGAUGAAAGAUACGGGGGAGGCGUCUUAUGUGCUAGGAGUAGAGAUACAUAGAGACAGAAGUCGUGGUAUGCUUGGUUUAUCACAGAAGGGAUACAUAGAAAGAGUGCUUAAAAGAUUUAAUAUGUUAUCUUGUGCAUCUGGAGAAGUUCCUAUUACAAAAGGAGACAAACUAAGUAGAGCUCAAAGUCCUCAAAAUGAGUUGGAGAAAGAAGAGAUGAAGAACAGACCCUAUAUGCAUCUUUAG